AGAAUCAUCACCCUUUGCAGAGAUCUGUAGGACUCACCCAUCCAUCUGUACCUGUUACUGCUACCUGCCCAGGUAGCCUCCUCUGAUGACAAGAGAUGGCAGAUUUCUCAGUCUCCAUGGAUUUCUCACUGACAGCACCUCUGCCGAGCAGUCUCUUCCUCAGCCACCUUCUCCUCCUAUUCCAGCCUGGGAAGCUGAACUCAGAGGAGGUUAAGGUGUUAGGCCCUGACCGUUCCAUGCUGGCCCUUGUUGGAGAAGAGGUGGAGUUCUCAUGCCACCUGUCACCAUACCUGGAUGCAGAGCACAUGGAGAUCCGCUGGUUCCGGAGCCAGACCUCAGAGGUGGUGCACCUAUAUCAGCAUGGACAGGAACUAUACCACCAGCAGAUGACACAAUUCCAUAACAGGACCAAACUCCUGAAGGAUGACAUUGCUGUUGGCAGCAUGGUCCUGGAACUCCACAGCAUCGUCCCAUCUGAUGAGGGUCCAUAUGGGUGUCGCUUCCUCUCCAGUGACUUCUCUGGUGAAGCUGUGUGGGAACUGGAGGUAGCAGGGCUGGGCUCUGACCCUCACAUCUCCCUGGAAGGAUUCAAGGAAGGAGGCAUUCAGCUGAGGUGCAGCUCCCAUGGCUGGUAUCCAAAGCCCAAGGUUCAGUGGAAAGACCAUCAGGGAAACUGCCUGUCUCCAAAGUCCGAAGCCAUCAACCAGGAUGCCCAGGGCCUGUUCAGUCUGGAAACAUCUGUGGUUGUCAAAGAGGGUGCUCAUAGAAAUGUGUCCUGUUUCAUUCAGAACCCUUUACUGGUGCAGAAAAAAGAAUUUGUAGUCCAGAUAGCAGAUGAAAUUCUACCCAGAACUUCCCCCUGGAAGGGAGCUUUCCUGGGAGUUCUGGCAGCACUGCCUCUGCUUCUGGCUGUGCUCCUGACACUGGCACUAUACUUCUUUCAGAAGCAACGGAAAUCCCAAGAAAAGUUCAAGAAGCAGGGAAAGAAUGAACAAGGGAAACUAAUGGCAGAGCUGGAGAAGCUUCAAAAGGAACUGGAUUGGAGAAGGACUGAAGGCCAAGCUGAGUGGAGAGCAGCUCAACUAUAUGCAGUGAAGGUGACACUAGAUCCAGCCACCGCGCACCCAAGUCUGGAGGUCUCAGAGGAUGGCAAGAGCGUGUGCUCCCAUGACAUCGCUCCAGACAGGGUGCCAGGCGACCCACAGCGGUUCUCAGAGCAGACAUGCGUGCUGAGCCAGGAGCGCUUCUCUGUAGGCCGCCACUACUGGGAGGUGCAUGUGGGCCGCCGUAGCCGCUGGUUCCUGGGAGCCUGUCUGGCCACGGUGUCACGUGCGGGGCCCACGCGCCUGAGCCCUGCCGGAGGUUACUGGGUGAUGGGACUGUGGAAUGGUUGUGAGUACUUCGUCCUGGACCCGCACCGUGUCGCCCUCACCCUGCGUGUGCCACCUCGACGCGUGGGCAUCUUACUGGACUGCGACGCAGGGAAGCUGUCCUUCUUCAAUGGCUCUGACGGCUCCCACAUCUUCACCUUCACUGACACCUUCUCGGGGGAGCUGUGCGCCUAUCUCAGGCCCAGGGCCCCGGAUGGCACCGAACACCCAGAUCCCCUAACCAUCUGCACAUUGCCGAACAGAGGGCCACACAGCCCCGAAGAGGACCAUAACGAUGCCUGGUUGCAGCCUUAUGAGCCCUUGGACCCCGCCCUGGGCCUGUAGUGAGCUCGCAUGGUGGGUUCUGGGCCCCUUCCUGGAGACCCUGGCCUCUUUGCCUUGGUGCUUCUCUUAGAGUCACAUAUGACCAACCCAAAUGUCAGCAGCUGGACAGACUUUUGCCAAUUUAGGGGUCUCUCUGUGUGUGUGCAUGUGUGAUUUUCUUUAAGGAAAACAGGAAGUUCCAAAGUUCAUUCGUUUAUAUUGUAGUACUGAGUAAAAGUAAAAAUAAACUGAUGCUUUUUUGUCAGGGAGUUCGCUGUGGGAGAUGGGAAACUCAGAUGGGAGAGAGAGGGAGAAAAAUCUUGUUGUAUUAACUUAGAGAGGGAUUUAUGUAGUUUCAUACUUUUUGUAUAUAUUUGCUGGUUCUUAUAAGGUCCAGAAGCAAUGACACCUCACAAGAUGUAGGUUCACCUAUAACCAGAUCUUGGGUUUAAAUACUAUUUCCCACUAAAAUGACUGGAGAAUGUCGGAUUCCAAG